UGGGUGACAGGCAAAUGGUCCGAAUGUAGUGUGACAUGUGGUGGUGGUUUCCAAUCUCGAGCUAUCUACUGUGUUGAAAGCCAUAACGACCAAAAGGGUUUUAAUGAAAAUCUCAAUGUUGCUGAAAAAUAUUGUUGGCAAAAACAGCGUCCUACUGCCGAAAGGAAAUGUGGCACAUCACAAUGUCCACAAUGGGAAAAAGGUGACUGGAGCCAGUGUUCAGUGACAUGCGGCAAAGGAUUUCGCGUUAGACUGGUUGAAUGUCGACAAGAAAAUGAACGAGUCGAUGAUAUGAUUUGUUCGAAGACAGACAGACCUGAUGAUCAUCAACCUUGCUUUACAGGAAUUAAGUGCCCAGCAAAUCCAGGUAGUCAAUAUUAUAAAGCAUACCAUAUUAGCAUAUUCAUUUAUUCCAAUAAAUCGAUUGCGGUCUUUUCGAUAGAAAAUCUUCGAAUUAUUCAGAAUCUUUUCAGCUGA